CGACCUAGGGUGUGGUGUGGGAAAGAUGCUACUUCAUCAGCCCUUGCGGGAGCACGGCUCAGCGUCUAUGCGGGAACGGGAGUGAGGAGAGUUAGAAUGAAUUUCGAAGCGACACAGGUUCUUUAUGUUAUCACGACACCGCCACUGACCACAGGGUCUAUACUGUCUACACUAAACCUCCAGACGCCCUGCUAUCGCACGACAGCGCGUGCGUCUCGACGAGACCAACAUGUUUCGCUGUUAAUGCCGUUCACGUCUGCGCGCACCGUCGUCGCUAUGUAAAAUAAUCGUCAACAGACGUCCUAGCUGUUCCUUCGCCGCUGACUAGUUCAGUAAUAUAUCUAUGUAGGUUUGCGACUGCAGACGUCGCGAUUGAGAAAAAAACAAACAAAUCGAGCAAUAACCCAAAAUAGUCGCUUUUCGAACAAAGCGACCAUUUGCAACGUACUUGGUCGCGCGACCUCUGCGAGUCGCCGGUGUGAAUGAGCAACAAUCGCGUCCUGCAACUCGGUUGCGCGAGAGAACGUGCCUUUGCAUCGGUAAGUCCGGCCUCUGACCAUAAAACAGGCGAAAUGGCCAAAUAAGGCGAUUCAAUUAUACUGCGGCACACUUUUUGAAGUCGUGACGUACGAUAACAAGUUUGUACGAACCCAUGGCCACGAUGGUGUGACACCAAAACUCUACCAAAAGUGCUGUGUGAACGGCCGGUCGCGUUUCUCCUUACCUCAGGAAUAGUGCUGGGCGAAACACGGUAAACCGUGUAGUGAGGGACCGUUUACUUCCACAAUGGUUCCACCGAUGAGCAAGAGGCAUUCCACAGGAUUUGAGGCUGCACUUCUCUUCGCGCAAAAUACUUUCAUACAACCACGGUAUAAGAAUACGGAUGGAACAGACACAUCUGCGCAAAAAUUCCGUUUAAAGUGCGCGGGAAAAAUAUUCUGAGACGUCAAAAUAAUACAAACACCAAUUUCACGGCCUUCGUCAUAACGCAGCUGGCCAAUCCGUUUCCAGCUGGCGCGCGCCUUUAUGGAAUGACGGCGGACACCGCGAGCCACGAACUACGAACAGACUUGCGUGACGAUAAGUCAUUUGAAGUUGUAUGCUGAUUUUUCCGUGUGUCAGUUUCCUACCAGCAUAGUGCCGCACGGACGAGCGGGCACGGAGCUCUCGUCAUAAAAGCAUAUCGACGCACCCAGCCUUGCGGGACAAAUUUCCCGAGAGCUACGAUGCUUCGUAACGUGCGUAUUCAGAGAGAGCUGGAGAUGCUAAACUCGCAGUUGCCUCCUGGCAUCGUGUGCAACCCGGUCGCCGAUAUGUUGGACAACUUUGAAGCUGCCAUCACCGGAGCUAGUGGAACACCAUACGAAGGCGGAACCUUCAAGCUCAACAUUCGCAUCCCCGAAAGGUACCCAUUUGAGGCACCCGUGGCAGUGUUCCAGACACCGGUGUACCACCCCAAUGUGGACUCUACGGGCCGUAUCUGCCUAGAUGUGCUCCAGAUGCCACCUAAGGGUCGCUGGCGGCCAUCGCUGAACCUCAAGGUCGUCCUCCUGUCACUUCACGCCCUGCUGGCACAGCCAAAUCCUGACGAUCCUCUUGUGCCAGAACUUGCUGACCAGUUCAAGUACCAGAGGGACAUGUUCAACAGGCUGGCCGCAGAACACACGCGACGACACGCCAUGGGCUGAGCCUUCAGCACGCCGACCUAGUUUUGUUUACACUGCGGCCAUUUGGGCCAAUGAGUUUUCCUCAUUUCACCUGCAAGAAGAGUUGGGAACUAAGAAUAAGUUCUUCUUCAUACCCCAGUGCUCUUACUUAUUUAAGAUUUUAAGCAUAUGGGCUUGCUAGAAUCUAUUCACUGAGCAAACCUGUUCAUGCCUUUAGUAUUUAUGUUUACGAUCAGCCCUGCAGUGGUGUUCAUGAUCAGAUUUUAUGUACCAUCGUGCUACAGUGUCACAAUUUUCUGCUGUGCCAACAGGUUUGGAGCCUUGCAUUGGACUCUGUAUUGUACAAUGGAUUAAGGUUUCAUGGAAAUGAGCUGUAAAAGAAAGCCAUUCUGGAGGGAGCUUUAGCUUUAGUAAUCAUAACAGCACGGUGACCCAUGGAUUCUUUUUUGUUGAUCAAGCACUACACUAGUCACCUUUAGAAAAAAUUCAGGCUUUAGUGAACUAAGGAGCAGAAUGUUUUCUUGGCGCUGUGAAACUGUUUCAAGGUAUGUCAUUCGAAACCACAGAAUAUUUAAAAUACCAUAGCAUAUUUGUCCUGAUUUGCCUUUGCAAUGACGGCGUUGAAAUUUCUGAUACUUCGAGGCAAUAACGUUGCUGCAGAAUCAACUACUGCCAACAUCCGUUAACCUUGACGGGACCUUGAAUUGGGUGGAAUUAAAGAAGGAACAGAAAGAAGACCCAAACACAGUGCUGCUUUGUACAGCACCAUUUACCCUAUUACCCUGAAUCUAACUUUUACCAUGUCUUUAGCAGUUCAAGUAGGAAACUGUCGUAAAAAUUAUGUUAGAAUAAGCUCCUUCAACAAGAAAGAUGCAGCGUGCCUCCACAAUCGGGAAACGAUAAAACCAGUGAAGCUAAUCUUCACAGAAUGGAAAUUUAUUUACACCCAAUGUACAUUGUCACCACACUCAGACAGCAAUUUAUCGCUGUCUACAGAGCGCAACAUGUUUUCCGUAUGGUCUGCUAUGCGCUUGAUACUCUGCAUUUAUCAAAUGGCUCUGUAAACGGGAUAGUGGAGCAAACCUAGACUAACCGCUUUGCUGGCUCAUCCUAUGACACGUACAGUUCUCUCAAAUGCUGAAAGCGUGUGACAUGGCUUUGUUGCCAUUAGCUUAGCGUGUUACACGACUGCUCCUUCCAAUGAGCUUUUGUAAUCAAAGACUGAAGGCAGCACUAUGUUGUCGACAUCCUGCACGGGAACUCAUUCUGUUGCCAUGUUGUGACGACAAUGACGAUUAUGCUGGCCGUGUGGUAGGUGGUUGCGAACGUGGUUUCAUAUCAGACUACACCACGCAAGCAAUCUUCAGCCCAGUGUCCUGGGGGAAAAAAGGUGCAUAUUAGAAUAGUGUAAAUGUGAUAAUAAUAAUUAUUAUUCCUUGUAAACUUACCCAAGCCAGGCCUAAAAAUACAUGUCUUUGGCAGGAGGGAAUGCGUCUUCCAACGCAUUCACUGUGCUCGAGCACCGCCUAUACAGAUACUGCAGGCAUUGGCGUCUGGAUUGGGGUCACAAUUUGGGCGAGGUGCAUUCAUGUCAACAAGUCAAGUUUAAGUUAUCCGGUGAGGGCCAAUUUUGGAAUUGAAGUAACAGGUUCUAGCCUAUAGAAAUCUAUGGGCACCAGCUGGGACCUUCAGUCAGGAACAAGUUAGCCAGAGUCAAAUUUACAAAUUAAGCCUGGUUUUCCAAAACUUGCAGUAUUUUUUGUCUAGUUUAUUUCAGCAAAGUCCAGCUUUCUUAGGUAAUUGACAGAGUAUUUUAGAUGGGACCAUUUGAAAUGUGUGUGUGUUUGUGUUUCUUGCAUAUCUAGGCUGGUGAAUUGGACGCUUACAAUGCUAAUUACUAAAUUUGCACUGUCCAAGUAAUGACACGUUGAUGCCAAAGCAUUGGAGCUUCCUGAAUCGUGUACUGACGUGGCUUGUUAGGAAGUAUGGAAUUGUUACGAAAGAAUGAGGACGGAGAACAAGCAGAUCAUACCAGCUAUCUGCGCCAAAGUGAUGAAAUUAGGGAACAAUGUAACGGAGACAUGGCUCGCCCCAAAUCAUCCCAAUUUCCUCCUUUUCUGGCUUCAGCUAGCCUCACCGUCAUUCCACUCUUAGAAAGGGAGCAAACAUUUUCAUUCAUGGCACCACCUAUUUUGUACUGCACAAUGCCGACGCUUUUAACCCUGUAAUGUUGACUGUGCAUUGUUCAUGUGUCACGCAGAGCAUUAUUCCCAGCUGUAAGCUUCAGAUUUAUCGCUUGUGAAAACUGAAUUUCGACGUACAUAUGUACUAAAACUUCCCAAACUAUUUGAUUUAUUUAUUGCCUACCAGAGGAAUUCCUCUGAAUUCUUUGUUGAUUUUCAUGCUGGGAAUGUGAUGGCUUGCGAUACAUGGGGCAUUACAGGGUUAAUACCGGCCUAAAUGUGUUCCUUAUGCUUGUCAGUUAAAAUUGAUAGCACAUUACAUGCAUUCUAUUCGUGUUAACAGCGUGGUUAAUGCGGUGUGCAAAAUGGAUGCAUGCAUUAGCACUGGGCAAUUCAACAUUCCAAAUGCUACAAAAACGUGUUCCAUGUCUUAAUGUGCCAUGCACUCAGCAUCAUGUAGCUCCUUGCUGACUGGAAGGUGUCAACUUGCUUUGCUACAUUUAAUGUUGACCUAGUUUGGCUUAAUCCUAACAGUGAUUAGCCGGUGAAAAAUGGUCACCAGAGUAAGAUAAGCAGUGUACACAUGCCAGUGUGAUAGCAUCUUCAUGUUCAUGUUAGCGUGCACUAAGCUACAUAAAGGUGCCGAGAAGAUUGUAUGGUUUGUUCGUUACUAGUGCCUUAUGCAUUGCUAGAACAUUGGCAUAUAGAAGUGCCGGCCUUGAAGAGACACUGUGAAAUCAAUUUUCACUGUUUGGAAAUAAAGAUGUGUAUUUGAGAGCCA